AGCCGCGGUGCGCACAGGGAAGAGUUCCAUCACCGGGGAUGAUUUACAGCCACACACUGUUGCGUUUGCCAGGUUAUUGUGGAUAUAAUGGCAGAAACAAAUUGUAUUUUUUCGAUCUCGUACAAAAAAUAAUUUCACGGAUUAUUUCUUUGGCCAGUGUGCGCAAAAGUUAAAAACAAAAAGAAAUCUACUAAAGCAGAAGUUGGUCGUCGUUGAUUUAGUGAGGACCAUUGUGUGUAAAAAACAUGGCCUACACGCUGGGCUCCACCACUGAUGGUCAGACACGCAUGGGCCCUCAGCACUGUGUCACACGGGUGGAGCUGUCUGUCACUGCCACCAGCCUUUUGGACCGAGAUGUAGCCUCCAAAUCGGACCCCUUCUGCGUAAUGUUCCAUGAGGUGGAUGGGAACUGGGUAGAGCUUGGCCGAACUGAAACUGCUGUGAACAACCUGAACCCAGUGUUUGGAAAGAAGUUCCAGGUGGACUAUCACUUUGAGGAGAUCCAGAAACUACGCUUUGCCAUGUUUGAUGAAGACAAGUGCGCCACACAGCUCUAUGAGCACGACUUCCUCGGGGAGUUUAUCUGCAAUUUGGGAGUGAUUGUGUCAAAUAAGAAACUACACAGACCACUAACCUUGGCCAAUGGGAAACCGGCUGGCAAAGGGUCUAUUACGAUAACAGCUCAGGAGCUGUCUGACAACAGAAUCAUCACUUUAACCCUGAGUGGGCGCAAACUGGAUAAGAAGGAUUUUUUUGGCAAGUCAGACCCCUACCUGGAGUUUCAAAAGCAGGGAGAAGACAGCAAGUGGAUGCUGGUGCACAGGACAGAGGUAAUAAAGAACACUUUAGACCCCUCGUGGAAGUCCUUCACUGUGCCUCUCAUUUCUCUGUGCAAUGGGGAUGUGCACAGAAAUAUAAAGGUGCUGUGUUACGACUAUGAUAACGAUGGGGGACAUGACUUUAUUGGAGAGUUUCAGACGACUGUUGCCAAGAUGAGUGAAGCCCAAAAUGGAGUGGAGGUGGAGUUUGACUGUAUCAACCCCAAGAAACAAAAGAAGAAGAAAAGCUAUAAAAAUUCUGGGUUUAUUAUUGUCAAGUCAUGCAAGAUAACAAGAGACUACACCUUCCUGGAUUACAUACUGGGCGGCUGCCAGCUCAUGUUCACAGUUGGUAUAGACUUCACAGCCUCUAAUGGAAACCCUUGUGAGCCAUCAUCCCUCCAUUAUAUCAAUCCACUCGGCAGCAACGAGUACCUAGCAGCGAUCCUGGCAGUAGGACAGAUCAUACAAGACUAUGACACUGACAAAAUGUUUCCUGCGCUGGGUUUCGGUGCCAAACUCCCACCAGACUGGAAGGUCUCACAUGAGUUUGCCAUAAACUUUAACCCCACCAACCCCUUCUGUUCAGGUGUGGAAGGUAUCGCACAGGCGUACUCAGCCUGCCUGCCUCACAUCCGUUUCUAUGGACCCACCAACUUCGCUCCAAUUAUCAACCAUGUAGCACGCUUUGCUGCCCAGGCCCUUCAGCAAGAGAAAGCAGCGCAGUACUUCACUCUCCUCAUCAUCACAGACGGGGUCAUCAGUGACAUGGAUGAGACUCGGGAUGCCAUCGUCCAGGCAUCCAAACUGCCCAUGUCCAUCAUCAUUAUCGGGGUGGGGAACGCCGACUUCGCAGCCAUGGAGUUCUUGGAUGGGGACGCCAGUGUCCUGAGGUCCAGCACUGGAGAGGAGGCUGUCCGGGACAUAGUACAAUUUGUCCCUUUUAGAGACUUCCGCAAUGCUCCAAAGGAGACCCUGGCCAAGUCAGUGCUGGCUGAGCUCCCUCAGCAAGUCACCCAGUAUUUCAAGCAGCGAAAUCUCCCACCCGCCAACCCUGCACCCGAGUGAGGCAGCACUGAGCACUGUCCCCUGUACAUUAGCUCCAGAAUAUGUAGUUGUUGUUCACUGAAACAGUACUGAAUGACAUGUGUAAGUCAAGUUGUGGAUUGAGCACUGAAGCAAGCCCUGUUGUUUGGUUAAUAUCUAGUGUGAAUUUCUUUGCAUACACAACUGUGAUGAUGGUAUGUCCAGCACCUGGCAGACACUGCCAACUGACUUAUGCAGGAAUACUGGCUUCUUUAAGAAACAGAUGGAUCAGACUUAGUUUGCUUCAUGCAUGUGUGUGUCUGUGAGUGGAUCCUGUGCAAGUUCCCCUUUCGCUGAAAUAAAUCAGUGAAUGAUGCGCUGCUGAAGUCUUUAGGUCCUUCAGCAUGAGUGUGUGAAGUCAAAAGAAGAGCUGUUUAUUCAUGAACACUGAAUAAUCUGGUUAAGUAACUGACUCUUAAGAUUUUGGAGGGUAAAACUUAAAGUUAUAGAGGACUGUAGCAGCACAAGUCUCUAAAAAGCAGUUUAACAUGGGACUAUGUUGCCAGCUUUUGCAAAAUCCAUGUCUAUCCACUGACUCCAGUUUCUCUUGCAUGUUGCCAGUAUUGUAUUGUUUACAAACACUUAUGAGAGCAUGAAUCCUUUGGUUAUUUUAUGAAGUAGUUGUCUAUAUUUAUAUUUUGUAAAUAUAUUCAUGCAAUUCUGCUGAAAGACAAAUGUUAACAGUGUCAGAGUAUUCCUGUCAGCAGAGAUCCUAAUAUGCAUAUUUAUUGAAUGUACAUUUAUAUGAUGCUGUUUUGGUCUGUUUCUAAUGUACUUUUUAUGCAGUGCUAACGUGUGUGCUAUAAUGCUAAUGUGUGUCUUAUUGUGCAGACGUGUGCAAACUGUGGCCAAUUUUAUAAAGUUGUGUCUUUGUCCACACUCAGGUUAAAUUAAACUGAAUUUACAUGUUAAUUGCAAUCUGUGUUGUACGUAUAUGUACAGACAUCAACAAACCCUUCUGCUAAAAUGCUAUCAAAACACAUUCACAAUAGGGAAGUGUGGACUAAAACCAUUCACACAUUACUGUGUGGCUUUAAGAGAUAACCAGUCCCUUCUUGGGCAAUGCAAGUCAUUUACUCGAGGCUCACAAAAAUGCCCUGUUCCCAUUGUGUUUUUCUGUUGUAAAUAAACUGUUUAUUUUUCUCCAUUUCUGCACUGGUGGUUGGUCCCGUUAAAGCUUUAGUCCUGAUGUGAGAUCUUCUUUUGUUUGGUAUAUCAUUUGUUGUCAUAGCAACUCCUUGCAGUGCC